GACACUUCCUCUCGUUUUACGGCAUUACGUUUCGACAGUCGUAAAGCACGACGUGGGACUAUACAUCCGGGGAAAGGUUAAAUUGACGGCUACAAAAGACGCACGAUGCCGUUCGUGGACCUGCAGUCACGUCUGGGCGUGAACGUGGACCGAUGGAUGCUGGUGCAAAGCGGGCCGCAGCCCAACCGGCGUCCGGCGCGUUGCCACGCCUUUGAAAAGGAGUGGAUCGAGUGCGCCCAUGGCAUCGGGCAGACCCGUGCUAAUCGCGAGUGCCGUCUGGAGUGGGAGGACUUCCACGAGUGCAUGCACAGGCAGAAGACGCACGAUCGUUUGUACGCCAUUCGCCAGCAGCGUGACAAGCUGAUAAAGGAGGGGAAGUACACGCCGCCCGCCCACCACACAGGCCAAGGCGACCAGUCCAAGCCGUGAACGCCGCACUUCAUUUGUCGUCAUCGUGUAGAGUAAAAAAUUUCAGUCGGUUAAUAAUAAAGGUUAUUCCUUAUA